AUGGUUCUUCGCCAGGCGCACGAUCACGCCAGAGCCGCCUCCAACGCAACGCAUCAGUCCGAGACCACAGUCGCCAUCAACGAACAUGCGCUCGCUGCCGGCGAGUUCGCCAACGCUGCUCGCGUGACCACGAGUAUUGAAGCACUUCGCACACUCAAACUUCUUGAGGAGCACCAUCAGCGUCUCUCUGAGCUCCUUAAAGUACCUUUCGACCGCCGCGCGAGCCAGGCCACCGAUGUCAUCGACGAGAAGCAAGAAUCACAAGCUUCCGACGCAAGCGAUGUAUCCUCCCCCGAAUACGCGAGAUCGAAGGCAGGUUCAGCGCAGUCUGCGAGCAGCGCGGCCGCUACCGCGAAAACCGUACCGUCUCUUUCGCAGCAGCGUCGUUACCCCAGCCGUGAGAUGACCUCGUCGAUCGCAAGCAACCUCGCUUCCGCGCGUGGCAUCCGAUCGAGCAGAAACCGCGGCCAGCCGAUUCCGCCGAGUGUCACGAACGACCAAGCCCCAGGGAACAUGGAAGUUCAGACACGACGAGACGAAUCGAGAGCCAAGAUGCAAACUGUCCUCGACCAAUCUGGCAAGCCAGGAUGGAUACCGCCAACAGGCAACCCCGAAUCCUCGCGGAGAGAAGCCGAAUCUAAAAAGCCGGAAGAAGCUGCAUCGCCGCCCAGUGAUGAUGGAUACUCCCGCUUCUACAGUACCUUUGGCAGUAUCAUUAACCGCCUCUCUGCACCACUGGCCUUCGCCGGUCUGCCUCUGAUCACGGAAGAAACCCCCUCCACCCCGGAAUCCCCCGAGACGUCGGAGCCAUCACCGAACAAGCGUAACCGGCUCAAAUCCCCUGCAGCUCCCGCCGAGCCGGACUUAUCCAAAAUCUACUCCCGCGCGACCCUCCGCGCUAUAUCAGCCAACAACCCCAAUGACUCAUUUUACGUCGUCCCGACGAGCGGGCACACUGUCUCGUACGCCAACAUCCUCAACUUCGCAGACAAGGAGAAGCGCCGCCUCGAGGCCUCGCUCCACGGCGGAGACAGCUUCAUCGACAACGACGACGACGAUGAUUUCGUCGAUGCCCGCGAGACGCCUUCCGCACCCAUGUCCCCCAGCACGAGGCGCCGUGUCGGUGGUAAGCCGUCCCGCUCAGAGCAGCACCUGUCCAACACCGUCGAGGAGCUGUACCUUGAGAACAAAGGGCUUAAGGACAUGCUUGACAAGCUGAGCAAACGCCUACACGCCUUUGAGGCUACCGCGCAGAACUCGAGUCUCGCACUGGCGGAGAGCAUUCGGCUAAGGCGACCUGGGUCGCCUACCUCUGCUACACUUGGUGGACCAGUAUCGGCGAGUGGCGAUGCCGUACUGCGAGUACGAAAUAAAGAGUUGGAGGAGCAGAUGGCCAUGGCGAUACAGCGCAUGGAGGCGCUGGAGAAGGAGAACAGGAGCAUGGCGCGGACGCUGGAGAAGUACCGUGAAAAGUGGGAGAAGCUCAAGGCCGGAGCCAAGGCGCGGCGUCAGGCGCAGGGGACGGCGGAGAGUGCCGAGGCAGAUGAAGCGGCGGCGGCAAUGGCGAGUGGGAGCUGA